AUGGUGAACCUGAACCGCGUCCUCGCACCCGCCUUGUUGGCAGCGAGCACCGUCGCCGCUCUCCUCAGCUCUGCCCGCCCCGACAGCAAGGUCGCCCGCAACGUGCUCGAGGGCAAGUCGGAAGGCUACUGCAGCCCAAGCGGGCCCAUCGAGUCUACCAACUGCGCAUACGAGACUGUCGAGACGCUCAACAACGACCUGUUCCCCGCACUGCAUAGCCUCGUCACCCAUCCCUUCUUCCGGUACUACAAGGUCGACUUGUACCGGGAAUGCCCGUUCUGGAGGGACAAUGGCUUCUGCAUGAACCGGGCGUGUGCGGUCGAGGAGGCGGUCGAGGAUGAGAUCCCGGAGAAGUGGCGCGCAAGCAACCUUGGGCGCGUACGCAUGACUAGCCUCGAGGACGGCGUGUCUGGCUGCUACUUCCGCGACGACGACUUUUGCUUCAUCGAGGACGACGCGACGCCAGAGGGCCAGUAUGUUGAUCUCAGCCUCAACCCUGAGCGGUUUACUGGCUAUGCGGGCGACAGCGCAAACCAGGUGUGGCGCGCCAUCUAUCAAGAAAACUGCUUUGGCCUGUCGGAGGCGGCACUGGAGGCCGCUCGCGAUGGCAAGGGCAUCACCCGCGCCCAGCCGCUCAUCGGCUUUUCGCAGCUGUCCGAAGGAUGGGGCACCGAGAUGGUGCGCUCGGGUCUUGUCAACGACGACUUGUGCGAGGAGAAGAAGCUCUACUACCGCGUCAUCUCUGGCCUCCACGCCUCCAUCUCGAUCCACAUCUGCGCCGACUACCUGAACAAGGAGACGGGCGAGUGGGAGCCCAACCUCCAGUGCUUCAUCAGCCGCCUGGCCACGCACCCGGAGCGUCUGUCGAAUGUCUACUUCAACGCCGUCAUGCUCCUCCGCGCCGUCGCCCGCGCCGCUCCAUACUUCCGCGCGUAUGACAUUGGCAUGGCCCCGCGUCACUCCGGCACGUGCCCGAGCGCCAUCCUCGAGGCAGACAAUGCCACUCGCGACUCGUUUGAAAAAGUCCUGGCCCUCGCCGAGCGCACCGAUGUGGCUCACGGGUUUUGA